CACUCUGGCAAAAUCUUAAAUCCACGAGGGCGUUCUGGUGUGCAGCAAGCUCCCGUUCUGCUCUGGUUACCCUCAAGAGGGAUUAGUUCAUGUUUCCUCACUUGUACGUUGCUGCGUUUCUGCGCUGGGAGCUCCCCAAGCUGAGUGACACUGGAGUCCAUGGUAAGGCUGACUGCAGACGGUGGUUGACGCUGAGAGCGCACUAGGGCAUCACUGUCGAUGUUUGAAGGGGGCAGCUGUGCCUGCAAUCUUCCUGAGCCAGGCUCUGAGGCUGGGUCAUGUACACACGCAGAGGGGUCGAUGAUGACUUGUAUCAGAAGGAUGAAGGGAAAUGGGCACUUCUGCGUAACGUCAACCAAGUGUUCAAACACCAGCAUACGCUCCUCCCGGGGGAUUAUGUCUGGUUGGAUCUGAAGACUGGACGAGAGUUCGAAGUUCCUAUCGGGGCAGUAGUGAAACUCUGUGACUCCGGACAAAUUCAGGUUGUGGACGAUGAAGGCAAUGAGCACUGGAUUUCCCCUCAGAAUGCCACCAAUAUUAAGCCAAUGCAUCCAACGUCCAUCCAUGGGGUGGAAGAUAUGAUCCGCCUGGGAGACUUGAACGAAGCUGGAAUUCUGCGUAACCUCCUCAUCCGGUAUAGGGAGCAUUUAAUUUAUACAAACUGUGGAGGGAGGACGUACACAGGCUCAAUCCUGGUUGCAGUGAAUCCCUACCAGCUGCUGCCAAUCUACACGGCUGAACAAAUCCGGUAUUACACCAACCGAAAGAUCGGUGAAAUGCCACCGCACAUCUUUGCCAUUGCUGAUAACUGCUACUUCAACAUGCAGCGAGCUAACAAGGACCAGUGCUGUAUCAUCAGUGGUGAGUCCGGGGCUGGGAAAACUGAGAGCACCAAACUGAUCCUACAAUUCCUGGCAGCUAUUAGUGGGCAGCAUUCCUGGAUUGAGCAGCAGGUCCUUGAAGCAAAUCCCAUUCUGGAAGCAUUUGGGAAUGCGAAGACUAUCCGGAAUGAUAAUUCUAGCCGUUUUGGGAAGUAUAUCGACAUCCACUUUAACAAGAGGGGUGCCAUUGAGGGAGCCAAGAUUGAACAGUACCUGCUGGAGAAAUCUCGAGUCUGUAGACAGGCUGAAGGAGAGAGGAACUAUCACAUCUUUUACUGUAUGUUGAUGGGAAUGAGUAUGGACCAGAAGAAGGCACUGGGUCUGAGCAAAGCUACGGAUUACACCUACUUAACAAUGGGGCAGUGCACUUCCUGUGAUGGCCGAGAUGACAGUAAGGAGUAUGCCAACAUUCGCUCGGCCAUGAAGGUUCUCAUGUUCACUGACACCGAGAACUGGGAGAUCUCCAAACUGAUGGCUGCGAUUCUGCACAUGGGCAAUCUGUCUUACGAAUCUCGAGUGUAUGACAAUUUGGAUUCAUGUGAGGUUGUCUACUCCACGCAUUUGAUGUCUGCUGCUACUCUGCUUGAGGUUGACUGUUUGGAUCUACAGAACUGCCUCACCAGCCGUACCAUCAUCACACGAGGGGAGACAGUGUCCACCCCUCUUAACAUGGACCAAGCACUGGAUGUCAGAGAUGCUUUUGUCAAGGGUAUCUAUGGGAGGCUGUUUGUGUGGAUUGUGGAGAAGAUCAAUGCAGCGAUUUAUAAACCACCAUCUCGAGAGCCGAAGGUGUGGCGUCGCUCCAUCGGCUUGCUGGAUAUUUUUGGAUUUGAAAACUUCCACGUUAAUAGCUUUGAGCAGCUCUGCAUCAACUUUGCCAAUGAAAACCUGCAGCAGUUUUUUGUCCGCCAUGUCUUCAAGCUGGAGCAAGAAGAGUACAACCUGGAGAACAUCAACUGGCAGCACAUUGAGUUCACCGACAACCAGGAUGCACUUGACAUGAUAGCGCUGAAGCCAAUGAACAUCAUUUCCCUCAUCGACGAAGAGAGCAAAUUCCCAAAGGGGACAGACACGACCAUGUUGAAUAAGCUGAAUUCCCAACACAAGUUGAACACCUACUAUAUCCCUCCGAAGAACAACUAUGAAACCCAGUUUGGCAUCAGCCAUUUUGCUGGAAUCGUCUACUAUGAAACUAAAGGCUUUUUGGAGAAAAAUCGAGACACGCUUCAUGGAGACAUCAUUCAAUUGGUCCAUUCAUCCAAGAAUAAAUUCAUCAAACAAAUCUUCCAGGCUGAUGUAGCCAUGGGAGCAGAGACUAGGAAGCGCUCACCAACCCUCAGCAGCCAGUUUAAACGCUCGCUGGAGCUGCUGAUGAGAACUCUCAGCGUCUGUCAGCCUUUCUUUGUCCGCUGCAUCAAGCCCAACGAGUACAAGAAGUCCAUGUUAUUUGACCGGGAGCUGUGUGUCCGACAGCUGAGGUACUCUGGAAUGAUGGAGACCAUUCGGAUCCGACGGGCUGGCUAUCCUAUUCGCUACACCUUUGUGGAGUUUGUCGAUCGUUAUCGGGUACUGAUGCCUGGAGUGAAACCAGCUUACAAACAGGGAGAUCUGCGCGGUACAUGUCAACGGAUAGCAGAGGCAGUUCUGGGACAAGAUGGAGACUGGCAGAUCGGAAAGACGAAGAUUUUUCUAAAGGAUCACCAUGAUAUGUUGCUGGAGAUCGAGCGAGACAAGGCCAUCACUGGCAAGGUCAUCCUCAUUCAGAAAGUGGUUCGGGGUUUUAAAGACAGGUCGAACUUUGUAAAAAUAAGGAAAUCGGUGUUGUUGAUUCAGAAGUAUUGGCGUGGAUAUCAGUGUCGGAAGAAUUUCAACGCAAUGCGAAUUGGAUUCUCCAGACUCCAAGCGCUCCAUCGGUCCCGUAAGCUCUGCACGCAGUAUCACUUCGCCCGGAAGAGAAUCAUCCUGUUCCAGGCCCGUUGCCGUGGUUACUUGGUGCGGAGAGCAUUCCGCCAUUGCUUCUGGGCUGUCAUCACCAUCCAAACUUAUGUUCGAGGCAUGAUUGCACGUCGACUGUACAAGCGGCUGAGAGGAGAGUACCGUCGGAGGCUGGAAGCAGAGAAGCUCCGCCUUGCUGAGGAGAUGAGACUUCGCAAAGAGAUGAGCAGCAAAAAAGCCAAGGAGGAGGCAGAAAGGAAACACCAGGAACGCCUCACCCAACUGGCUCUUGAAGACGCCGAGAGGGAGAUGAGUGAGCAGAGAGAAGCCCGCCGGAAGAAGGAAAUGCUGGAGCAAAUGGAGAGGGCUCGGAACGAGCCUGUGAACGACUCCGAGAUGGUGGAUAAAAUGUUUGGUUUUCUGGGCAGCCCCACUCCAUUGCCUGGACAGGAGGGUCAAGCACCAUCUGGGUUUGAGGACCUCGAAAGUACCCCCCGAGAGUUGGAGGAAGAGGAUCUGGAUGCCAGUUUGCCCUUGCCAGAAGAGGAAGAGGAAGAUCUGUCAGAGUACAAAUUUGCCAAGUUUGCUGCCACCUACUUCCAGGGCACCACCACUCACACCUACAUCCGCAGACCCCUCAAGCUGCCCCUGCUUUACCAUGAUGACGAAGGGGACCAACUCGCAUCUCUGGCAGUCUGGAUCACGAUAUUGAGGUUCAUGGGGGAUUUACCGGAGCCCAAGUACCACACAGCCAUGAGCGAUGGCAGCGAGAAGAUUCCAGUCAUGACCAAAAUCUACGAAACCCUCGGCAAGAAGACAUAUAAGCGGGAGCUGCAGGCUCUCCAGGGAGAGAGCGAGAGUGCGCAUUCUGACAAGAAGAACAGUGUGAGGCACAAGCUGGUUUCCCUGACUCUGAAGAAGAAAUCAAAGCUAACUGAGGAGGUGGCAAAGCGAUUGAAUGAUGGGGAUUACACCCUCCGGGGGAACAGUAUGUUGGAGGACAGGCCAACCUCUAACCUGGAGAAGCUCCAUUUUAUCAUUGGGAACGGCAUCCUCAGGCCGGAGGUCAGGGAUGAGAUUUACUGCCAGAUCUGCAAACAACUUACCCAGAAUCCGUCCAAGAGCAGCCAUGCCCGGGGCUGGAUCCUCAUGUCCCUCUGUGUUGGCUGCUUCGCUCCUUCUGCGAAGUUUGUCAAGUAUUUAAGAAAUUUCAUCAAUGGGGGUCCACCCGGCUACGCACCUUACUGUGAGGAACGAAUGAGGAGAACGUUUGCUAAUGGAACACGGACACAGCCUCCCAGCUGGCUGGAACUCCAGGCCACCAAGUCGAAGAAGCCAAUCAUGUUGCCCAUCACCUUCAUGGAUGGGACGACAAAGACCCUCCUGACAGACUCCGCGACAACAGCCAAAGAGCUGUGCAAUGCGUUGGCUGACAAGAUAGGCCUGAAGGAUCGCUUUGGAUUUUCUCUCUAUAUUGCUUUGUUCGACAAGGUCUCCUCCCUUGGCAGUGGGAAUGAUUAUGUAAUGGAUGCCGUCUCCCAGUGCGAGCAGUACGCCAAGGAACAAGGCGCUCAGGAGCGCAACGCACCCUGGCGCCUCUUCUUCCGUAAGGAGAUUUUCACACCCUGGCACGAUCCAACUGAGGACCUGGUGGCAACCAACCUCAUUUACCAGCAGACAGUGAGAGGGGUCAAGUUUGGAGAGUACAGGUGUGACAAGGAGGAAGACUUGGCUGAGCUGGCAUCCCAGCAGUACUACGUGGAUUAUGGGUCCGAGAUUGUCCUGGAGCGACUCUUGAGCUUAAUCCCAUCUUACAUUCCAGACCGGGAGAUCAGCUCCUCUAAAACAGUGGAGAAAUGGGCUCAGUACAUCACUGCAGCUCAUAAGAAGGGAGUGUAUACCCAGAAGAGGGUUGACCCUCAGACUGUGAAGGAGGAGGUUGUGGACUUUGCCCGCUUUAAGUGGCCUUUACUUUUCUCUCGAUUUUACGAGGCCUUCAAAUUUUCAGGCCCAAGCCUUCCAAAGAACGAUGUGAUUGUAGCUGUCAACUGGACCGGUGUGUACUUUGUGGAUGAACAGGAACAAGUCCUUCUGGAACUUUCCUUCCCCGAAAUCACUGCAGUCACCAGCAGCAAGGGAAGCAAAAUGCAGGGACAGAGCUUCACACUGUCUACCAUUAAAGGUGAUGAAUACACCUUCACCUCCAACAAUGCAGAGGAUAUCAGAGACCUUGUGGUGACCUUCCUGGAGGGACUAAGGAAGAGGUCAAAGUUUGUGGUCGCUCUGCAAGAUAACCCGAGCCCUGUUGGCGAUGAUUUGACAUUCCUCAGCUUUCAAAAGGGAGACCUGAUCCUUCUGGACCAUGACACUGGGGAGCAAGUGAUGACCUGCGGCUGGGGUCAUGGAAUGAACGAAAGGACCAAGCAGAAAGGUGACUUCCCCACUGACUGCGUCUACGUGUUGCCUACUGUCACCAAGCCACCAGCUGAGAUUGUGUGCUUGGUUACCAUGACGCCAGGCCAGCGACAGGAAGCCAUCAGGACCUCCCAGUUGUCCAUAUCAGAGUUGGAGGAGAAGGUUAAGCCUUACACACUGGAAGAGUUCUCAUAUGACUACUUCAGGCCACCUCCAAAGCACACACUAAGUCGAGUGAUGAUCACAAAGAAUCGUGGGAAAGACAAGAUGUGGUCCUGUACCAGAGAGCCGAUGAAACAGCCUCUAUUGAAGAAGCUGCUGAGUAAUGAGGAGUUAUCACAAGAAGCUUGCCUUGCGUUCACUGCUAUCAUGAAGUACAUGGGCGAUUACCCCUCCAAGAGAACGCGGUCUGUGAAUGAGCUGACCGACCAAAUAUUUGAAGCUGCUAUGAAAGGGGAGCUGAUGAAGGAUGAAAUUUACUGCCAGGUUCUCAAACAACUCACUGAUAACCAUGUGAAGUACAGUGAAGAGAGGGGCUGGGAGUUGCUCUGGCUCUGUACAGGACUCUUUCCCCCCAGCAACGUCCUCCUGCCCCACGUCCAGAGAUUUCUACAGUCGAGGAAAAGCCACCUGCUUGCUGUGGACUGCAUGCAUCGGCUGCAGAAGGCACUCCGGAAUGGAUUGAGGAAAUAUCCACCUCACCUAGUGGAAGUGGAGGCUAUUCAGCAUAAAACCACUCAGAUCUUCCACAAAGUUUACUUCCCUGACGACACAGACGAGGCAUUUGAGGUGGAAUCCAGCACCAAAGCCAAAGACUUCUGCCAGAAUAUUUCGAGCAGACUGCUGCUGAAAUCUCCUGAUGGCUUCAGCUUAUUUGUCAAGAUCUCUGACAAGGUGAUCAGUGUUCCCGAAGGAGAUUUCUUCUUUGAUUUUGUGCGACACCUCACUGACUGGAUCAAGAAAGCUCGGCCAAUGAAGGACGGUGUAAUGCCUUCUCUGACAUACCAGGUCUUCUUCAUGAAAAAACUAUGGACGCAUACAGUUCCUGGAAAGGACCCGAUGGCCGACUCCAUCUUUCAUUAUUAUCAGGAGCUGCCUAAGUAUCUGCGGGGCUACCACAAGUGUUCCCGUGACGACGUGCUGCAGUUGGCGGCACUAAUUUACAGGGUGAAGUUUGAAGAUGACAAGUCCCAAUUCCCAAACAUUCCCAAGAUGCUGAAGGAACUGGUGCCGCAGGAUUUGAUCCGGCACAUCUCACCCGAUGACUGGAAGCGGUCCAUUAUAGCAUUUUACAACAAACAAGCAGGAAAAUCACGGGAAGACGCUAAACUAUCAUUCCUGAAGAUUAUCUAUAAGUGGCCUACGUUUGGAUCAGCAUUUUUUGAGGUCAAGCAAACCACUGAGCCAAAUUACCCAGAGAUCCUCUUGAUUGUGAUCAACAAGCAUGGAGUGAGUCUGAUUGACCCGAAGACGAAGGAUAUUCUUACCACCCAUCCAUUCACCAAGAUUUCUAACUGGAGUAGUGGUAACACAUACUUCCAUAUUACCAUCGGGAACCUGGUGAGAGGCAGCAAGCUCCUGUGUGAAACGUCUCUGGGAUACAAAAUGGAUGACCUAUUGACCUCCUAUAUCAGUCAGAUGUUGACCUCUAUGAACAAGCAGUGGAACACUAAAGCCAGUAAGUGAACUUAUUACGACUACUGGAUCUGGGUCUACGAGGUGGUCCAACUUCUGAGGCCUGUGGGAAAUCCUUGCAGCUGGACAAAAACGUUUUCCACCCAGGUCUGGAGUACGAGAAAGAGCCCUCUGCAAAGUUCUUCCGACAGCAGCCCAGACUCCUCCUCGAGUGAGGAUGACUAUUUGUAGUGUGUGUGUUUUGUGUGCAUUUUUGAAACCCUCUAUUUUAAGGCGUCUCAAAUGGAAAAUGACAAACCAAAAGGAAACAGAAAAUUAGGGCUUUCAAGCAGGCUUCUUAAUUGUGACCUCUUUCUCCGAUGAAGGAAAUCCAGGCCUACAAAACCGGAUUCUUAACUGACCUCUUCCCCUGUCAAAGGAAAUCCAGGCCUACAAAGUAGGCUUUUAGUGGCCUCUCGAUCUGAAGAAAGGAAAUCCAGGCCAACCGAGGAAGCUUUUUCUUUUUGGCAACUCUUCUGCUGCACUCGAGUUCUGCUAUGUCCUUUUUCAGAAAGAGUCAAUCCAUCUUGGUUUUGGACUUUUGAUACCUUUGAUGUAGCUUCUGCGUAGCUGUGGCCCAGAUUACCGGCAGCGAGUCAAAUCUCGAAGUGUGGUCAUCCUCACUAACUGUAGUAGCGGAGUCAAAAUUUUACAGCUGCUCACUGCCAUGCUGUGGCCCAUGAGUUAGACUCCUGCCUUCAGAAGAAUCUGUGGCCAGGCUGUGCACAGUUGUAGCCCCUCCCAAUGGAAAGGCCCCCGUUUGUAUAUUGUGUAAAACCCUGUUCGCUCCAAAUGCAAAGGGACUUCUUGCAUGUGAGGUGUUCCUUUUCUGUGCCUGUUGUAAUCUGACCGCCUAACCCAUCUCCUCCUCGUUCCCCUCCAGCCAUUUCUGUGCACAGCUGAAUAUUUGAAGUGCGUGCAUUUUCUUUCCUAAAGCUGAGAAAACUGACCCCCUCUAAACCAAGGGUGUCUGCUGUGGAUCAAUGACCAGAUUAACCACAGGGUCAUAUUAUUGUCCCUCACAUUCAUUCCCACUUGGGGUUAUUCAUGAACAUGUCACUGCCUCAGCUUGUUCACUUCUCAUCUCUAAUCUCCACACCAAAAUAAAGCACUAUUUUAGUCGCUUUCCCCCCAACAGGAUGCGUUUUGCAGUUUGCAUGUCAAGGAUUGCAUUUAUCCCUGCUCCCCUUUUCCACUCCCCCCAAAUCCUGCUCGUAUGCUUCCGUCCCAGCACCAGAAAAUGCACUUUGUUGAAAUUUCAGCAAGGGUUUUAACCUGAACCACUUGUGCAACAGGUUUGUGGGAAUUGUCGGAUUUGUAAUUCUUGUAGUCACCAAGUUUUAUAAAACCUAAAAUUAUUUGUUUUAUCACCCUCUGUUGGGUUUGUCCUAAAACUAUAGAGCUGUGUGUUACUGGCUGGCAGUGAAUCUGUCCUUGAGCACAUCACAACCGAAAUGACUAGGAAUGUUCAAGUCCAUAUGUCUGGAGAGAUGGCAAAUUGGAGCUUGUUAGGUGUAGAGUCUUCUGGAUACUGGCAAAGGAUUCACAUCUUAAAAGAUCUUGGUUUUUCUCUCUCUCGCCCUUUUUUUUGUUUUCUCCUCCUUCUCGCUCUCUUCCAUCCACCUUGCUCUCCCCCACUUCUCGCUCUUGCACUCCCUCCCUCCCCUCUCGCUCUGGCUGUUCUCUUUCCCCAACACCUCUAAGUCUGCUCCCUGUGUCUGCCCUCACUCUCCCUUCCUGUGGCUGUUCCCACCCUCUGACUGUUCCCACCCUCUGACUGCUCUCCUGCGCUCACUCUGUAUUUCAGAGUCUGUCUGGUUUCAGUUCAAAUGUUCAGUUCUGGUUUAUUUUUUUUCUCUCUGUCUUAUGCAGGAUGUGGGAGGGGAGCAGGACUCCCUUCCUUCGAGGGUGGGGGAGGACAAAGAGAGAGACAGGAAAAAUAAUUAAGGUCACUUCUUCACAAUGUUCCUUGUGACCCUAAAGCCAGAAUGGGUUGACAACUAUCACAUGUACCAGGGUCACCGUUUCAUGAGAGAGACAGUGAUUCAGGAGCCAAUGACCCUGUGUCAGGCACUCUUCCUGCUGUUGACCACAAUGAGUGAGCCCCAUCAGGGAGCCGGUGACCUGUGCCUGAAGCUUGGACACUACGCUGGUACCGAAUGGGAUUGGUACUUGGGUUUGGGCGAUCAGUGCUGGCCUCUGGUUGGAGCGUGAUCUAUUCGUGCGCUCUUGCUCACAUCCCCCGUACAAUGUGAGAAUUUGAUCAGAACACAGCCGGGCCUGUCCACCACGCACUGGGAACCACCUGCAACUCCUGAUCGCUGCCAGGCCAUGACGCCUUGCUUGCUCCAAUCAACUGAUCUUUAACUGAAGUGAAUGGAUGUCGCUUUGUUUGUAAAUAAUGCCAGCUGAGGCCGUGCUUGCCAAUUGGGUGAAGUCCAGUGUUUGUUUUCAAUGGAGAACUUGUUGGAUUGACUUGUCUCUGCAGGCACUCCCACCAAAGAGAACAAAUCCCUUUAGCUCCAAGUGCCGGAGUCCCAUUCAAUGUUGGGCUCUCACUUACACUGCCACUGUGCCUUUUCUGAACAAAAUAGAUUCUAUUUUAAUCACAUAUCAUUGGUUGUCCUUUGCCUAUAGGUUGGGAGUCAUUUGGUUAGAAGUAAAAAUAGCUCUGGGUGACUGACUUCCAUGUUUUGUAGUUACAUUGGCACCGUAUAACUCAAACCUUUUUAGAAUGAUAGUUAUUUUUAACCUGCUCUGUGAGUCAGUUUGAAUAGUGGCUGAAAAUGUUUGGAUUAAUCCAACCCUUUUUAAAUGACCAUUGUUGAGUCAUUAUGCCAUUAUCAUGAGGGAUAAUCCAUCUGCUCCCCUUAUGUUUUGAUUCUCUACCUUCCCAGAUCAUCAGUGAUUCUCCCCCCACCCCUCCAUGCACCCACAUUCUAACGUCUUUCCAUCCUCCCUGUGAACACAGUCACGUUGGACAGAAACUGGGGAAACCACUUUCACAAUCGGCUUUGUGUCUCUCUGUGAAUAACCACAUCCCCCAACAAUGCAUGGGGUUAUGGUUUGGUUUUGUUGAGGUCAAGCAGUUGUUUGGAGGCUGCAGGGGGUGUUGUUUCCCUCUUGCUGCCGUCUCUGCAGCUGUCCCGUGUCAUGUUUUUUUUUAGGCGAUCUCCGGGUUUUUCAGUCCAGCUUGCACUGCCUUGGUUAUUGCUGCCAACUCGUUCCGAAGUGGCUCUCCAGCUCAGGAGAUGCUAUCUCUCGUUGGGUUUGAUUGGCCUUCCCCAAAAAGAUCAAUAAUGGUGACCACAAGGGCGCACCACUGAGCCUGCUGCUAUUAUUGCUAAUGUGUUUGCAAAUGCUAUGGGGCCUCUCGCACUCUGAUUGAAUGGGAUGCUCCCUCUAACAUUUCUAACCUUGUGUCAAGUCUUGAGGUUAGCAACCUAGGAACCAAGAGAGAGAUGCAAACAUUGUACCUUGCAGGUAAGGCCACAUUGGACCUAUCUUGACUUGGUAUUGGCUACUGCAAGGUGGCCUCUGUGAGAUGCAAUAGUUCCAGUGCCAGUUAUUUUGCUAUCUCCUGUCUGGCCCUACUAACCAGGGAAGUAAAGGUACAUCUCACCAGAACAGGCCUAAUAGGAUUAGACUGAGAACUGUAAAAACAUACAACAUAAGUUCUAACCUACAGUGAUUGAAUCUGUCCAACGCUGGUCUCCUGUGGGGGAUUUAUUGCCAGUAUUUUAGAGUCUGUGUUAAGUGCAAAUGCUGUUCUUUUCUGAGAGAGUUACAUUAUUUUGUCUGUCUUGCUCCUUUCCAAGAGGGCUGUUUUCAUGGACUGUCAUUCUACAUGAACUGGGAGCUUGGGGGAAGGAAAAGGUUCAUGAGUGACUGUAACGCAGUCUCCCUACCCUGCUCUGUGACAUCUCAUUGAGAUAAAACAGUGGACUUGUGUAUCUGCAUAACCUUU